AUGUCAACCCACGCCGCGGAACCGCUGCCCGCUUGGGCAGCACAACUGAAGAACCCGCCAGCGCACAAGUCGAAGCAGCCCGGCAUUCCCGACCCGCCCGGGUACCCGUCAGCGCAGUCGUCGUCCAACUCCAAGGACGGGAAGGCGACCCAGCGGAAAGCGCAGACACCCGAGGAGAUGGACACGCUGAAGCUCAAAAAAGCGUGGGAGGUGGCUUUGGGCCCCAUAAAGAGCCUGCCCAUGACGGCCAUUAUGAUGUACAUGUCGGGGAACUCCCUGCAGAUCUUCAGCAUCAUGAUGGUCUUUAUGGCCUUUAAGAACCCCAUCAUGGGCAUCCUAGCCACUAACCAGGCGUUCGAGCGCUUCGAAACGGAGACCAACCGGGCAAAGAUGGUGCGGGUGAAACUGGCAUAUGUGGUAAUGCAGCUGGUUGCGCUGGCACUGGGAAUAUGGAAGGUCAACGCAAUGGGGCUGUUACCGACUACCAGAUCCGACUGGCUUGCAUGGGAGGCUCAGCGCGAAGCAGUCGAGCACGCAGUACCGGCGCUAUAG